CAGGACCCGGCAAGGUCAGAUUGCGAGGCGGCCAGCCACAUAAAGCGGGGUGUGAAGAGUGCUUCAGCAGCUGCCCCACCAUGACCUCCUGGGCCCUCCUGCUCCUUGCCUCAGUGCUCCUGGCCACCCCGGGGCUGACCUUUUCUGGUUUGAGCCCUGAGGGCAAUGACUUGAUGACCGGUGACUUGGGUCAGGAAAAGCAGUUCUUAGAGAGCUUGGUCCUGGAGUCCCCCCAGGGUGACCAGCUGGCUAUCAAAUGCAAGAUUUGUAAGGUGACAAUCCAAGCUCUGAGAAAAGCCUUGGGAAAUGAUAUCACACAGGAAGCCAUCAAACAGGCUGCGUCCCUGGUGUGCAGGGAGCUAUUUCCACUGGAUGGUAUUUGCAAGGAAAUAAUCAAUAAAUUUCUUGAUAAGAUCACCCAGGGUAUCAUGAAUGGGAAAAGCCCUGAGGAAAUCUGUGUGAAACUCAGGAUGUGCAAAUCUGAAAAAGGUCUCGGAGCCUCUGGGGUCUCUGACGCCACCCUGGGGAGAAGCACAGAGUCUCCCACAACCACCACCUGCUUCUGCCCUCCCAGAUCCAGAGCCGACCCUCCAGUGUCUCUCAGCUAACUUCUCAUUGGCUUCCCCUGAGGGAGAAUAAAUGUCAUGCAAGCUUUUA